UUUCACUACACUCCGUAGCUCUUUCACAAACGGCAUCCUCUUGCUCGCGGAACCGCCGAUCAGACCAGGAAGAGUCGUGCACACCAGAAGUAGUUUAACUCAGAGAGGAUGAAGAGAAAAUCGGACUCGGAUACAGCAACACCGUCGUUGACGGGUGGAGGUAGUGAGUCACUAGGAGCAGAAUUUGAUGUGUUCUUGAAUUUUAGAGGGCCAGACACUCGUCAUAAUUUCACCAAUCACCUCUAUCACUCCCUUGAUGGAGUUGGAAUUCGCGUCUUCUUAGAUGAUGCAGAGAUCCAAAAAGGCGAAAAGAUUGGAGGUGAACUUCUACAUGCCAUCAACAACUCUAGAAUUUACAUGCCUAUCUUCUCCGUAGACUAUGCAUCUAGUGCAUGGUGUCUUCGUGAGCUUGCCACAUGGUGGAAUGCUCAAGAAGAUCAACGAACAAAGUGAUUCUUCCCAUUUUCUUUGAUGUUGAUCCUUACGAUGUUAAGCUUGGAACUGGAUUAUACAUUGAUGCCUUGAAAAGACACGAGGACAGGUUCGGCUACGAUGAAGUGCAACGGUGGAAGGAGGCUCUAACAGAGGUCGCUUCUAUCAAAGGAUGGGACUGCAAAGAUAGAGGCCAAGGGAAACUUAUAAAACUUAUUACUGAUGAGGUUUCAAUGAGAUUGGUGAGAGGAGUUCGAGUAGUGCCGGAUCAUUUGGUUGGAAUCGAUCAUCAUGUGCAAAAUGUGAUGCAUAUGCUAGGCAAAGACACUCUUGAUGUACGGUUUGUCAUAAUAUACGGAAUGGGCGGAAUCGGUAAGACAACUCUUGCUAAGGUUGUUUUCAACCAAAUCACUUCUCAAUUUGAUGGUUGUAGCUUCUUGUCAGACAUUCCACAAUUUUGCAGCAAGGUAAAAUUGUGAAAUUGCAAAAAAGAUUAUUGUCUGACAUACUCAAGUCUAAAUCCAUAAAGGUUCAUGAUACUGACUUUGGGAUCAACAUGAUUAGAGGGAGAUGUUGCCACAAGAAAGUCCUUAUUGUUCUCGAUAAUUUGGAUAGCAAGGACCAGCUUGGGAAACUAGCAGAGAAGUGUGAAUGGUUCAAUUCAGGAAGUAGAAUUAUCGUGACAACUAGAGACAUUAGUAUUUUCAAAAUUAACAAGAGUCAUGCAUCAAUGCAUCCUAAAGCAUAUCACUUUUACCAAAUGAAAGAGAUGGACGAGUAUUGUGCUAUUCAACUUUUCAGUAGACAUGCAUUUGAAAGCGAUGCUCCUCCACAUGAAUAUGAUAAAAUAACGAGAGAAAUUGUGAAAAUCACUGGCGGACUUCCACUAUCUCUUGUGGUCAUUGGAUCCUCACUCUACUGUGAAAGUGAAGAAGUAUGGGAUGAUGUAUUAGCCAAGCUAAAGAAAAUGCCUCACAAGGAAGUUCGGGAGGUAUUAAAGAUAAGUUAUGAUAUGUUGGAUUACGAGCAAAAAGAAAUUUUCCUUGACAUUGCAUGCCACAUGGCUGGUGAACAAAGAAACUAUGCAAUAUCUAUGUGGACAGAACUUGUGAAUUUUUUCCCAACGAAGCCCUCAGAGUUCUUGUUUAUUUGUCUCUUAUAAAAAUUAUGAAUGACAUCAUUUGGAUGCAUGACCAACUCAAAGAUUUAGGGAGGGAACUUGUUCGUAAGGAGAGUAUUGAACAUCCUGGAGAGCGUAGUAGAAUUUGGAAUUCUACCGUAGCCAUGGAUGUUAUACAAAGAAAAGAGGGAACCGAGAAAAUAAAAGCACUCAAACUAGGGGGACAAUCUCAAGUGUGCGAUGUUACAGGAGAAGACAUUUCAAGGCUGGUAAAAUUAAGAUUCUUAGAAUUGGAUGGAGGAAACUUUGUAGGGGACUUCAAACAUCUCCUCUUGGAGCUAAGAUGGUUCUCUUGGCAAAAUUGUCCUUCAGAGUUGCAAGCUAUUAAUUUCUCUUCAAGAAAUCUUGUUGUUCUUAAAAUUUCAGAAUCUGACAUUACAGAUGAUUGGGGUGGAUGGAGCCACAUUAUGGUACGCUUUCAUAUUAUACAAGCAAUUUACAUGUACUCCUUUUCUUUGUGCAUAGUAAACUUGACCAUCUUUGUACUUUCUUGUAUUUGUGAUUUUACAGGGAGAAAGUAGUUUAAAAGUUUUUUUAUCUUGUGAGCUGUAGAAGGUUGACCAAGACACCUAACUUCUCUAAAUGCUUGACUUUGGAGAGACUUGUCGUGAAGGAUUGUGAUAGGCUGGUGGAAAUAGACCCAUCCAUUACUAUGCUAUAGAAUUUGAAGCACAUGGAAAUUAAGGGGUGUAUGGUUUGAGGGUACUUAAAGGAGCUCCGACAAUGCUCACUAGAGGAAUGGUACAUCAACCAUGUCUAGACUCAUUUGGUAAUCUAAAGCGUCUAUCAACACUAAGAAUGGAAAAUCUAGAACUCCUCGAACUUGCAGAUUCAAUAGGGGAGAUACCUGGUCUUCAAGUGUUGUCUUUAUGUGAUUCAUCUAUGGAGAAACUUCCGGAAUCGAUUGGGAAGCUGGAAUCUCUAGUCAAGUUAAAUAUUUCUUCCACGAACAUAAUAGAGUUGCCUGAUUCGAUCGGAGAACUUAAGAGAUUGAAGAUUUUAGGCAUGAGAAAUUGUAAAUUAAGAAAGCUUCCUAAGGCAAUAGGGAUGCUGGAGAAGCUUGAAUCUUUAGAUGCUUCAUUUUGCAUGUUUUUGGAAGGAGAAAUUCCAAUGGAAAUUGGGGCAUUAUCAGUUUUGCAAGAACUACUCUUGGAUGGAACCCGUAUCUCUGAAGUGCCACCAACUAUUAGUCAACUUUGUCAACUUAUGAGGUUGGGUUUGCGUGAUUGUGAGGAGCUUCAACAAUUGCCAGAGCUUCCUGCAAGUUUGGCACAUUUGGAUAUUAAGUCUACAUCAUUACAGAGGAUUCCAGAUCUAUCAAACCUCAGCAACUUAAAUUUUCUGCAAUUAUCUGAUUAUGGUCAUCGUAGAUAUGUUAACAUCCCUCAUGCACCACUAAACGCAUGCCAAGCUCAAGAUUUGCAGUGUAUUGGGAGGUUAACUAGGUUGUCAUGGUUGGCAUUGGACCUCUCAGACGGGACAAUGUUGCAUGCUGACUUUGGUACCCUUACCAAACUCAAAAUGCUUGAACUACCAGGCUCCACCAUUAAAUCUCUCGAGCGGAUUCCAACCGAAGUUGAGACGUUGACGUGUUAUGACUUCGAGUCUACAGAUGGAUGGUCAAACCUUCACACCUUCAAAUAUUUGUCCAGUUUAAAAAUAGUCAGGUCGUGCUUAACCGAAAUUCCACUGGAUGUACUUGGACAGCUGGAGAACCUUCACUAUUUGGAUGUUUUGGAGUGUCAAUUCCUUGAGAGACUACCCCAUUUAUCAAGUUUAAGAAAGCUACAGGCUUUGACUCUUUAUGAGUGCCCACGUCUACUUGAGAUUCAGGGUGUCGAACAAUUAAAAACACUGGAAAAGUUAUAUAUAUGUUAUUGCCUGUCCUUAAAAGAGCUACCGAAUCUUUCUAACUUACAGAAACUGAGCAAGUUGCAUUUAUUAGGUUGCGAAUCGUUGGAAAGUUUGCCUAUUGUAGCGAAUGAGGAAACAUGUCACGUGAAUGUUUCCAGAUGCAAGAUGCUCCCUUAUGAUUCCGGUCCAACAUUUGAAUGGGCUUGCUUAGAAGCGCCCCUUUGUGGAGAAACUUCUGGAUUCAAUUGGGAAACUGAAGUCUCUAGUUGAGUUGAAUCUAUCUCGCACGAACAUCAUAGAACUGCCUGAUUCAAUUGGAGAGCUUAUGAGAUUGAAUGUGCUACUAAUGGAAAUCUGUAAAUUGAGAAAGCUACUUCAGGGAAUAGGGAUGUUGGAGAAGCUUGAAUAUUUAGAAGGCAGCAAUUGUAAAUUUUUGGAGGGAGAAAUUUCGAUGGAAAUUGGGGCACUAUCAUCUUUGAAAAACCUAAGCUUAAAUAAUACUUGCUUUUCUGAAGUGCCACCAACUAUUAGUCAGCUUUCUUGACUUUAUGAUUUGGGUUUGCACGGUUGUCAUGAGCUUCGAGAAUUGCCACAAUUUCCUACAAGUUUGGCAUCUUUGGACAAUUCAUCUUCAGCUUUACAGAGGAUUCCGGAUCUGUCAAACCUGACCAACUUAUAAAAGUCUGAAUUUAUCUAAUGGUGUUCGUCCUAGGUAUCUUAAUAUGCCUCAUGCACCACCAAACGCAUGCCAAGCUCAAGAUUAGCAGUGGAUUGGGAGGUUAACUAAGUUGACGUGAUUGAGAUUGGACCUUUCAGACAUGACCAUGUUGCCUGCUGACUUUAGCACCCUUACCGAACUCCAAAAUCUUGAAUUACCAGGCUCCACCUUUCAAUUUCUUGAGGGGGUUCCGCCCAAUAUUGGUGGGUUGAGGUUCUUUAAUCUUGAGUCCACCGAUGGAUGGUCAUGCCUUCACACCUUCUAAAAUAUGUCCAGAAUAGACGUAUGCAGGUCAUGCUUGACAGAAAUUUCACUGGAUGUGCUUGAGCAGUUGGAGAACCUUCGCCAAUUACAGGUAUUGCACUGCCAAUUCCUUGAGAGACUAUCUCAUAUACAAAGCUUAGCAAAGCUUUGGUUUUUGGGGAUGACUAAUUGCCUGGAGCUAGUUGAGAUUCAAGGUCUCGAACAAUCAGAAUCAGUGGAGCAUAUUUAUAUUGAUUUUUGCCCAUCCUUGAAAGAGUUACCAGAUCUUUUCGGCUUACAAAACCUGGAAAGUUUGUAUUUAUCUUGUUGCGACUCGUUGGAAAGUUUACCUGUUGUAGCGAAUACGGAAACAUGUCGUGUGAUUGUUCUCUCAUGCAGGAUGCUGCCUCGCAUUUCAUGUCUCUUGUCAACUUUUGGAUUAGGAAGGUAAUGAUGGGAAGAUUACAACCCACGGCGAGAAGUGGUGGCAUUUUAAUGCCUUGCUCAGAUUUAAUAAUCAUCUUCUCUAUUUGUAGUUUUGUGUAUACUUAACGUUCUUGCCCUUGUAUUGAGGUUGAAAAGUAGCUACACUUAACUGUUUUUUCCUAAUCUUCUCUAUCUGUAGUGUUGUGUAUACUUAACGUUUCGCUGCUAGCUAUUUGGG